AUGAAGACUUCAAUCUUGUCUGGAGUGGUUGGCGUUGCUGCUCUCGCGGCUUGCCAGAACUCGACAAUUGGUUCAUCGACCUUGAGUUCUUCCACUACUUCGCUCAUCUCGUCAGUCUCGUCGAGUGUAUCUCUCGUUUCAUCAACAACGUCGACGUUCACAUGUCCCUCAGCAACCGCGAUCACGGUCGCGACCACUACUGCUACCGAUGGAUCGGCUCAGUUCACUGCUAUCAAUGCUGCCAUCAGUUCUGCUCAGAGCUGCGGCGUUCCUACAGUCGUUGUCAAGGCAGGCACCUACUCGGAGAUCAUCGCUAUCAGUGGAACUCAGACUGUGACAGUCAUCGGCCCAACUGCUAGUUCUGUCGCACAAAACCAGGUCAACAUCAUUGCAAGUAGCAACACCCAAAACACUGGUGUUUUGAACGUCGCUGCUAGUUUGACCAAGGGGGUCACCUUCAAGAAUCUGAACUUGACCAAUACGGCAUCCACCGGCACUGCCCCUGCUGCCGCGGUCAGGGGUAGCAAAAUCGGGUUUUAUACCUGCGCACUUAUCUCCAGCAGUACUGGCGUGUUCUUCUCCUCCGUCGGUACUGCUCUGAUCGCCAAUUCAUACAUCGAAGGCAGCGACAAGCUUUUUGCUAACUAUCCUUACGUAUACGUCUACGGAUCUACCAUUGUUCCCACCGCUCAAGGCGCCUCGAUCAUGUAUGGCAAGGGCUUACCCGCUGGUAAUGGCAACGUCGGUAACGGCACUCUUGUCGUAGACUCCAGUUCCGUGGUCCAGAAGGCUGGAUUGACCAACACUAAUGUCUUCCUCGCGGCUCCUAAUGGUGGCCUAGCUCAAGCUAUCUACCGUAACACCAACCUAGGAAGCUUGAUUGCCACGAGCGGAUUCCAUCCUACUUCCUGCGGAGCUAGCGUCCUUUAUGGCGACAGCUCCAACAGCACUUCAGUCUCAUCGACUGUGUCGUCUAUAUCAUCCGUAUUAACUGGAAGCAACACCGUGUCUGUCUCUAGCUCGAGCUCAUGUGCUACACCUACCCCUUCAGCUACUUUGAUUGUGUCUCAAAACGCCACAGCCUGCCAGUACAACAACAUUUCUGCCGCCAUUGCCGCUCUUCCUAACGACAGCAAGCCUUACACCAUCUACAUCCAGGCUGGUGUCUACAACGAGCAGAUCAGCAUCACCAGAAAUGGCAAGGUUACUCUGAUUGGUGAAACCAGCUUCAAAAAUGACUACAGCCAGAACCAGGUCAAACUCCAGUUCUCGAGCGGUCGCCUUACCAGCGCGGGCCAGAACGAGCAGACUCCUGUCAUCAACUCGAAGAAGACCAAUGACAACUCUGGCCUUGCGCUCUAUAACAUUGACUUCGUCAACACUUACCCUCAGACGACCAACACUGCCGCUCUCGCAGCUGAUUUCUAUGGCAACAACAUGGCCGCUUAUGGUUGUUCUUUCAUCGGCUUCCAAGACACUCUUCUUGCCAACAAGGGUGUUCAGGUCUUCUCGAACUGUUAUGUAGAAGGUUCAGUUGACUUCAUCUGGGGUUUCGGCACGGCAUAUUUCUACAAAUCUGUUAUUGCUUCGAACACUCCUGGCGCAUGUGUCGCAGCUCAAGGCCGUACUGCAACUACUCCAGCUGCCUACAUCUUCGAUAGCUGUCUAGUCACGUACACUUCCACCUACGGGAGCUCAUUCGGCCAGAGUUACCUCGGUCGUCCUUACAGCAUCUACUCGACGGUCGUUUACAAGAACAGCUAUCUCGAUAAGCAUAUCAACUCUGCUGGUUGGCAGGUUUGGUCGACUGGAAACCCGCAGACAUCUAACAUCUUCUUUGGCGAAUACAACAACACUGGUCCUGGGUCAUGGGCUCCUGGAGCUGUCCGUUUUGCCAAUGCGACCAACAUGACCGCAGAUCAGGUUGCAGGUUACAGUCUCUCUACCUGGGUUGGUGACACCAGCUUCAUUGAUCAGGCUGCUUGGAAUGCCCAGCCGUCGUGGAACUUCCCUGCGUCCACGACUACUGGCGGCGCUAGCAGCUCCUCUUCAGCUGUUCCUGGGCCUACCAGUACCUCCUCGAUCAAUGCUCAUCCUGACAGUGGCACUACUCCUCCUCAGUAUGCAGUGAUCGUCUCGGCUGAUGGUCAACACAAUGCUUCGUUCACAAACUUGACUGCCGCUCUUUCCUCCCUGCCCAACGACAGCACCAAUCAGACCAUCUUCCUCUACGCUGGCACCUACACCGAGCAGAUCCCUUCGAUCAACCGCCCCGGUGCCGUUCGUGUUAUUGGAUAUACUUCGGGCAAUCCCGGACAGAGCUAUAAGGACAACUCUGUGACAAUCACUUUUGCACGCGGUCUUUCGGUAUCUCCUCUGCCUGCCGGCCACAACGAUGCAGAAACCGCAACUGUCGCAACUGCCUCGAACAGAAUUUCGUUCUACAAUGUCAACUUCAUCAACUCUGAUAACCUUGACGGACUGGAGGCAAACUACGUAACUCUUGCCGCCUCGAUCUAUGGCAAUGAUAUCGGCUUCUACGGAUGUUCUUUCCAGGGUUGGCAAGAUACUCUCCUCACUGGUGCGACUGCUGGCUACCAGUACUAUGAGUCGUGUUACAUUUCCGGAGCUAUUGAUUUCAUCUGGGGUUAUUCCAAGAGUUUCUUCAAGGGUUGCACAAUCGGUGCUAAGAGACAGAAGUCUGCAAUGACUGCUCAAAGCCGUGCUUCUGCUUCAGCCAUCGGAGGUUACAUCUUUGACCAGUGUCUUUUCACAUCUGCCACUGAUGCUACAGUUGAUCUUACCGGCUCUGUCUACCUGGGUCGUCCCUACUCUGCUUAUGCUCUUGUCGUUGUCAAGAACUCAUACCUCGAUGACAUUAUCAACCCAUCGGGAUGGAAGAUUUGGUCAGUUACCGACCCUCGUACGGACUACAUCACCUUCGGCGAGUACCAAAAUGUUGGUCCCGGCUCUUGGGCAGAUAACGUUGCCGCACGUCAAGCUUUCGGCAAUGCCACUCUAUUGACAUCCGACUCUUACUCGCUGGAGUCCGUUAUGGACAACACAGCCUGGAUUGACAAGACCUACUGGAACUCAAUUGUUACACCUGAGCCUGCAGUCGUCAACACUACUGCACCUAACAAUGUCACAGUCUCCGGAUCGAGCGCUUACAACGGCACUGUGCCUCCUACUGGCGCACUCAUCGUUUCCAAGAACGCGAUUGCCGGUGUUACUACUUACGACACCAUUCAGGCUGCUCUCAACGCCGCACCCACUUCAAGCAAGACUAACGCCACUAUCUUCAUCUACCCUGGUGUUUACAACGAACAGUUGAUUGUCAACAAGAGCGGUUCGACCAUCUUUAUGGGCUACUCAGACUCGACCGAUGACUACAACAAGAACCAGGUCACCAUCCAGCAGUCUUAUGGUGAAGAUACUCAGGGUACUGGAAGCGACGUGGACGCUGCUACUGUCUACGCAACGGGCAACUACUUCUAUGCCUACAAUGUCAACUUUAGAAACAACAACGGUACGCAGCAGAACAUUGCUUCGCUUGGCUUCGCAGUCAAAAGCAGCAAGUAUGCUUUCAUGCACGGUUGUCAAAUCUAUGGUAACCAGGAUACUCUGUACAUCUCUGGUAACAUGUUCACUUUCAAGAGUUACAUUGAAGGAAAUGUUGAUUUCAUCUUCGGCGCUGGAUCUGGCUACUUCCUCAACUCGACCAUCUCCCCUAACGAGGAUGGUGAUUCCAUUACUGCUGCUAAGCGUGCAACCAACACCACAGCUGCUGGCUUUGUCUUUGAUCAAUGCUCAAUCGUACCUGCUGCGGGCUCUUCUGGAUUCAAAAAUGUCUCGCUGGGACGUCCUUGGAACAACUUCGCUCGUGUGCUUUACGCCGGCUGCUAUCUCGAUGAUUCAGUUGGCUCGGCAGGUUGGACUCAGUGGAGCAAGUCUUCGCCUCAGACCGACGGCGUGACCUUUGCAGAGUACCACAACUAUGGUCCUGGAAGUAACACUUGCAACCGUGCCAGUUUCUCACAACAGUUGUCGGAUGCCGCUGCCGCUCAAUUCCAGUUGGCCAGCUUCUUCCCUACCACUUCGUGGAUCGAUUUCUCUGUUGUUGAUGUUCAGCCCUUCACUGCUGGCUUCGGCUCUGCCCCAGCCGCAUGUGUCAGUUCUUCGGCUUCGAUCGUCCUCCCAUCCACGUCGCUCAGCAGCUCCGUCCCUCUGGUCACAACCCAGGUCACCACCACCAUCAUCCAGAAGGCAACAACUUUCACCACUCUGACGCAAGGUGGUGUAACUUCGACUGCCGUGACUUACGUCACCGAGAAUGAUGGCACUACUGUGACUCCUUCGCCUAUUUUGAAGACCUCAAUCGUCAAGUCAACCAGUGUGAUUACAUCCACGACAACAAAGGCUGGCAAGACAGCGACAGUCAAGUCUACCUCUGUCGUUCUGGCUACUGCUACCGUAUCUGCAAAGGACGUCACUGUCAAGCAGACUUCGGUCGUGUCAAGCGCCAUAACCAUUGCAGGCAAGGAUACUACCAUCAAGAGCACUGAAACUGACUACUUCACAACCACUGUUGCUGGAAAGACUUCGACAGUCAAGGCCACGAGCACUGUCUUCGCAACUUCGACCUCAUCACCAAAGCCGGUCACGAUUACUCAGAAUGCCGGCUCUCUGGUCACCACUACCACGAAGGGAACGACCAUCACUGCUUCUUGCGUACCCACCGCAGGUGCUGCCAGACUCUUCAAGAGAGGACUUGAGGCUCGUGCUGCCGGGACUACUACAAUCUUCGUCAGCACCACAGUGACUUCCUACAUCAAGACUUCAGUCAUCACUAGCGCGGGUUCGACCUUCUACACCAGUAUGACCAGCACCAGCACUAUUGCGCCAACCAGCACACUUAAGGCAGCCACCUCGACAAUUCUGACCACUUCGCUCGCAACCUCGACUCAGCUGAUCACCGAGAGCGCCGCAUCCGCAACAGAAAUCUCAACCAUUUUGACUACUUCGGUGGUCACCGAGACCGUCGGAGGAUCCACCGUGACCAGCCUCGCAUCUAGCACUGUCUUCAGCACUGUUUCUCUGCCUGGAAGCACGUUCACUAGCAUUGUGACCGUCAGCUCGACCCAGCAGAUUUCCGCAGCAGCAGCGACCACAACAAGCUACAAGCUCGUUUCUAGCACCACUGUCGUCACUGCCGCGCAGUCUACUGUCACAAUCACCAACUCUGCAGACUCAACGACUACGGUCAAGACUACGCUUCCUGCAUCUACUGCUACUGUGUACAAGACGAGCUCGAUCAACGGCAGCACCGUCAAGAUUACCGUAACACCUGCUCCAGCGACUAAGACGACAACUGUCAAGAGCACGUCUACAGUGUUUACGACUAUCACAAAGACUGCAAAGAAUGCACCUGCUUGUACGGGUUAG